GGGGCCAGACGGGCGCGGGGCGAGGAGCGAGCGCCCCGGGGACACCCCCCCCCCCCGCCAUCCCGCGCCUCCAUUCGGCGAGUGCACCCAUUCCCGAGUUCAAGGGCGACACCCUUCCAGGAGACCAUUCCAGCCCCGGCAGUCCGCGGAACCCCAGGAGCCUCUUCGGUCUGCAUCCCCAAGUGCCCUCCCGGGUCGCCUCAACACACACACCCCCGGAGACGGCCUGUGCGCCCCGGCUGGGCCAUGCCCGGGCUGCGCCGGGACCGCCUGCUGACCCUGCUGCUCCUGGGCGCGCUGUUCUCCGCCGACCUCUACUUCCACCUCUGGCCCCGAGUGCAGCGCCAGCUGCGGUCCCGCCAGCGCCCGCCGGGCUGCCCGUGCUCCGCCCGCGCCUCCCCCGCAGCCCCGGACCCGGCCGCCGCUUCCUCGCAGGACCCUGGCAUGCUCGCGCACAACUUUUCCCGAGCCCGGCCCGGGGCUGAGCACCCCGGCCCUGGACGCGGGGGCCAGCGCUCCAAGCUGCAGGCCCUCUUCGCCCACUCGCUCUACCACGUCCCGGAGGAGCCGCCUCUCCUGGGCGCCGAGGACUGGCUGCUGGCCAGCCCGGAGGCGCUGCGCUAUUACCGGAGGAAAGUGGCCCGCUGGAACAGACGCCACAAGAUAUACAGAGAGCAGCUAAACCUCACCUCCUUGGACCCCCCGGUGCAGCUCCGACCUGAGGCCAGCUGGGUCCAGUUCCACCUGGGGAUCAACCGCCACGGGCUCUACUCCCGGGCCAGUCCUGUGGUCAGCAAGCUCCUCCACGACAUGACACACUUUCCCACCAUCAGCUCUGAUUACAGUCAGGACGAGAAAGCCUUGCUGGGGGCGUGCGACUGCAGCCAAAUUGUGAAGCCCAGUGGGGUCCACCUGAAACUGGUGCUGAGGUUCUCGGACUUUGGGAAGGCCAUGUUCAAACCCAUGAGACAGCAGCGAGAUGAGGAGACGCCUGAGGACUUCUUCUAUUUCAUUGACUUUCAGAGACACAACGCUGAGGUCGCAGCUUUUCACCUAGACAGGAUUCUGGAUUUCCGACGGGUGCCCCCAACAGUGGGGAGGCUAGUGAACGUCACCAAGGAAAUCCUAGAGGUAACCAAGAAUGAAAUCCUGCAGAGUGUCUUCUUCGUCUCGCCAGCCAACAACGUAUGCUUCUUUGCCAAGUGUCCAUACAUGUGCAAGACCGAGUAUGCUGUCUGUGGCAACCCGCACCUGCUGGAGGGCUCCCUCUCUGCCUUCCUGCCGUCCCUCAACCUGGCCCCCAGGCUGUCUGUGCCCAACCCUUGGAUCCGCUCCUACUCACUGGCAGGAAAAGAGGAGUGGGAGCUCAACCCCCUUUACUGUGACACAGUGAAACAGAUCUACCCAUAUAACAGCAGCAACCGGCUCCUCAACGUCAUCGACAUGGCCAUCUUUGACUUCUUGAUUGGAAACAUGGACCGCCACCAUUAUGAGAUGUUCACCAAAUUCGGGGAUGACGGGUUCCUUAUCCAUCUUGACAAUGCCAGAGGGUUUGGGCGGCAUUCCCAUGACGAGAUCUCCAUCCUUGCCCCUCUCUCACAGUGCUGCAUGAUAAAAAAGAAAACACUUUCCCACCUGCAGCUGUUGGCCCAGGAUGACUACAGAUUGAGUGACGUGAUGCGGGAGUCGCUGCUAGGAGACCAGCUCGCGCCCAUCCUCAUAGAACCCCACCUCCUGGCCCUGGACCGCAGACUCCAGAUCAUCCUGAGGACAGUGCGGAACUGCAUAGAGGCACACGGGGAGCAGAGCGUCGUAGCUGACGGCCCCACACAGCAGUCAGCCCCAGACUCGGGCCAGGCUAACCUGACUGGCUGAGGGCCGCCAGCAUGAGAUCUCUACACACACCUGGUGCCAGCAGUGGACACUGGCCUGCAGGCCAGCACUUCCUCACGCCAGCUGGGAGCGCUGGAGGCCGAUCACAAGCUCAGGGAGGAGGUAUGUGUGCUUACAAACAGCAAGUGGGUCCCACUGAACCUGAUCUUUACCCUUGGAUGGAGAUCACUACUUUCCUGUGUGCUGCUGGGGCCUCGUCUUCCCAGAAGACCCCAGCAUUGAGAUGGAGACUCUCAUCUGUGUACACUGAGAAACCUCAAUAAGGGUCAGGCUUGGAAGUUCUGGAAACCCUGUUCCCAGAGGAGUUUUAACUGUAACAAAGCAAAUAAAAGGACAGCAAGUGGAUACCUGGCUUCCUCCAGACCCUUACUGUACUUACAAGUAAAGUAUAAUGCCUGAUCCAAAUGAAA